AACAGUGUAACACUUGCAAUAGCAGUAGUAAACGACUAGUGGAUAUAUAUACAAAGCAUCUUUCUUCUACUUCCCUACAUAAUCUUCCCAUCUCUUCUAUGCAUCUUGUAUUAGCGUGAUCAUUCAGAUAACUAUACAAUCAGUUCCGUCCCCACGACACACUAAACAUUGCUAUUUCUUUGAUUAUAUGCCUGGUUAUCCAGCUGUUUAUGAAUUGAGCAAGCAUCACGCUGUUUGUUAUCAAUUAUAACUGUUGUCCCUCGGGUUUUAUCAAUAAGUGAUUAGUUGUCUUUUGAAAUUACUGAAUUGAAAAGAUGGUGAUGUUUAGGUCAUAUAUAAAUACACUCCUGCUGAUGUGUCUUUGCUGCGCGUUAGCAGCAGUGUCUGAGAAAUCGAAGAAUGAAGAGAGGAAAACAUAUAUUGUUCAUAUGGCUAAAUCCCAAAUGCCAGCAGGUUUCGAUGAUCAUAAUCACUGGUAUGACUCCUCUCUAAGGUCAGUAUCAGGAGCGCCUGAAAUGCUCUAUACUUACGACAACGUGGUCCAUGGAUUUGCUACCAGAUUGACGGAUGCUGAGGCUCAAUCGCUAGAGACCAAACCAGGGAUUCUCUCUGUCUUGCCAGAGAUGAAGUAUGAACUUCAUACAACUAGGACGCCCAAGUUCCUCGGACUCGAUCAGGACCAGGCUUUCUACCCUGAGUCUGAUUCAGUAAGUGAUGUUGUUGUAGGCGUGUUUGAUACCGGAGUCUGGCCAGAGAGCAAGAGCUUUGAUGAUACCGGACUCGGACCCAUUCCGAGAUCAUGGAAGGGCCAGUGUGAAUCUGGAACCAACUUCAGCUCAGCUAAUUGUAACAGGAAACUUAUUGGUGCUAGGUCGUUCUCCAAAGGAUACAUAGCAGCUCUGGGUCCAAUCGACGAAUUAAAAGAGUCAAAUUCUCCGCGAGAUGAUGAUGGCCAUGGAACUCAUACAGCCAGCACAGCAGCCGGGUCAAUCGUUCCGGAUGCUAAUCUAUUUGGCUAUGCAUAUGGAACAGCACGAGGGAUGGCUGCACGAGCCAGAGUCGCGGUCUACAAAGUCUGCUGGCUGGGGGGCUGCUUUAGUUCAGACAUAUUAAAAGCAAUGGACAGCGCAGUUGAAGACAAUGUCAAUAUCAUGUCUUUAUCCCUAGGCGGUGGAAUGUCUAACUACUAUCAUGACAGCGUUGCAAUCGGAGCUUUUGCAGCCACGGAGAGAGGCAUUCUAGUUUCGUGCUCAGCUGGUAAUGCUGGACCGAGUUCUUAUAGUCUGUCUAAUGUCGCUCCUUGGAUUACCACUGUGGGGGCUGGUACAUUGGACCGUGACUUUCCGGCAUAUGCUAGUCUUGGUAACGGGCUAAACUACUCAGGGGUGUCACUCUACCAUGGUCACCAGCUGCCAGGUAAUCUACCUUUUGUCUAUGCUGCCAACGCUAGUGAUGCAGCAAAUGGUAAUCUUUGCAUGACAGACACUUUGAUACCGAAGAAAGUAAAGGGAAAAAUUGUGUUGUGUGACCGUGGAAUGAAUGCCAGAGUCCAAAAGGGUUCUGUGGUAAAAGCAGCUGGAGGAAUGGGAAUGGUGUUGGCAAACACGGACACAAACGGAGAUGAGUUGGUGGCUGAUGCUCAUCUACUACCAGCAACAGCGGUUACUCAAAAGGCAGGAGAUGCAAUAAAAAGCUACUUGUUAAAUGAUCCUAAACCUACUAUCACAAUUCUUUUCGAGGGAACAAAGGUUGGGAUACAGCCUUCUCCGGUGGUGGCUGCAUUUAGUUCCAGAGGGCCAAACUCGAUCACAUCAGAAAUAUUGAAGCCUGAUAUAAUUGCACCGGGAGUCAAUAUCUUAGCCGGAUGGGCAGGCUCAGUUGGACCAACAGGAUUGGUCGAAGACAAAAGGCACGUCGACUUUAAUAUCAUCUCAGGCACAUCUAUGUCCUGCCCACACGUGAGCGGCCUUGCUGCUUUGCUCAAGGCCGCUCACCCUGACUGGAGUCCAGCUGCUAUACGCUCAGCACUCAUGACCACAGCCUAUACUGAAUACAGGGAUGGAAAGAAACUUGAAGAUCUUGCUACAGGGAAGUCAUCUACACCGUUUGAUCAUGGUGCUGGGCAUGUAGACCCUGUAUUAGCUUUGAAUCCAGGAUUGGUAUAUGAUCUGAAGAGCGAAGAUUAUUUGAGCUUUCUGUGUGCUUUGGAUUACACGGAAUCACAAAUCCAGCUACUUGCAAGAAGAAAGUUCACUUGUGAUUUGAGUAAAAAAUACAGUGUCACUGAUCUUAAUUAUCCUUCGUUUUCUGUUGUUUUCGACACAGCACAAACAGGUAACAGUGUGGCUACUGAUGAUGGGACCGCUGUAGUUAAAUACACUCGAACACUUACUAAUGUGGAUUCACCAGCAACAUACAAAGUUUCAGUAGGCUCUCCAAGCAAAUCAGUUCAAAUAUUAGUUGAGCCAACGACUUUGAACUUUACAGAGGUGAACCAGAAGAAAUCAUAUACAGUAACUUUCAUGGGCAGUUCAAUGCCAUCGAAUACAAAUAAUUUUGGACAGAUUGAAUGGUCGGAUGGGAAGCAUAUUGUGGCUAGUCCGAUUGCAUUUAGCUGGUUAUAAGACAUUUGGUUGUAGCUCAAUCUAUAGAGUCAGUGUAGUUCUUACUUCAAAAGUUGCAAUUAUAUGAAUGCUAUUUCAGUUACCAGCAAAUAUUCUAAGCUGGUUUGUAAUGUGUAACCCUUUUUACCUCAUACAGAACUAGAAUGUGGAACUGCCGUCUUGCUCAA